UUGCGCAGCGAAUACGCAGCUCUACGAAGUUUGUGGAUAUCUAAACGCAACGCAAGAUAUUAAUGACAUUUUGACCACUUUAAGACCCACCCCCCCUCCCCCCCCAAGCUGGAGCGAGAGUGGUAAUUUGGAGUAAAGAUGUCUGUGUCUUCCCUCUACCUCAAUCAAGACAAAACAGUGCGCUUCAAGAAGAGGAAAGCCCGCUUCUCCUUCAGUGAAGUGCACAUACUGCUGGAUGAAGUGCGGAAGAAUCGUCACAUUCUUGUGGGUAAGUUUAAUACCGGCGUUCCAUCUGAUGUGAAGAAGAGGAAAUGGGCAGAGAUCACGGCACGUAUUAAUGAGAUUGGAGAGUGUGACAGAGAGAUUAUGGAGGUUGUAAAGAAAUGGUCAGACCUCAAAUGCGACACACGGCGUAAAGUGGCUGCCCUGCAGUCUGGUGGUAAUUUGUCCCUGUCCCAACGUUUGGCACGGUCCAAUAUUGAACUCUCCCCAACGGAAGUCAUAGUAGAAUCCAUCCUUGAACUGGACAAGAAGCCAUGGGAAGCUUCCCAAAGGACCCCAAUUCGAAGUUACAGUGAUGAACAAGAGGGUGGAGAUGAGGAAGAGGAAGAUGGGUCGUUGAUGGGGCUGGGAUCGGUCCACAGUUCGCCGGGCAGAGGAAUGGAUAUGGGAGGGAUGCCUGCUGCAAUGAGUGGAGCUGUGGUUGCAUCAGAAAUGCAGUAUGAUGGCUCCAAAACUCGAGAUCCCGAAUCUAACAUGGUAGACUCAGACGAAGAUAGCCAUGACCACCUCCCAUCUUCCUCUAUGGUGUCUGUCUCUAACUCUCAUUCCGAAGUGGACGGAAUUGCAACUAGAGGCAAUAUUGGACACGUCGCCUCCACAGUCAAUGCCUCCAAUAAAACAGCUUUCUCAGGAGUCGAGCCAGAAUGUUCACGUGAGCAGUUAGCGCACAAUGCUAGCCUUAGCGUGCAACAGCAGCACGCUUCUAACACACUUCUGUCCACAGUAUCCCGUUCACUUGAGAUUCUUGCAGAGUCGGUGCAACAGCUAGCAGAAACACAGCAGGAGUUUGCACGUGAAUCACUGCAGCUACAGAGGGACACCGUGCAGGUGUUGCAGGAAUUUGCCUCUGGCACGCUAACGAUACUGCAGGAGAAGGUCAAUGGAAAACCUGUGUUGUGAAGGCUUUAUUUAUCACCACAAUAGUGCAAAUUUUCUGAAUGAGAAUCAUUAUAAAGAAGCAUUAGAGUGUUCAACACAUGGUCUUUGUUUGCUAUUCCAGCCAUGCAAUAAACAUUAUUAGCCACAAACAGAAACAACAAAGAACAACUUCUCACAGAAACGCUGUUAACCAUCAGAGGGCGCUGUGUACCAUUGGACAAAAUAAUUUACAUUAUAGCAAGCUGAUUGCAACUAUUUAUGUUACUUAAGAUAUUUGACUUUAGUUCAAAAUACUAUGACAUUUCUUAAAGAAAAUCAGUUUUUCCAAAAUACUAAUACAAAAACUAUGACAUUUGUACCUCGUCUAUUUUUAGGGAUUAACUUCAGGUUUGUGUUUUGUCUUUUUGUGAAGCUCAAGAAAAUAGUGUGAUCACUCCAGAAAUUUUAGGGUAAGCCAUUCAUAAAGUGAAUGUGUUUAUGCCUAUAUUAAUAUGGUCUUCCACAAAAAAAAAUAUGUAUGUUUAUUCUUCCACAUCAUCAUCACAUAAUGUUUGUUGAGACUAACCUGUUAUGGGGAAAUUCAUAAAGUUUGGACCUUCCUUUAAAGUUGGCUCAGAUGUUUGUAUUAAACAGCUUUAUUUAAUGUAUAGGUUUUAUCACAACGCCUGAUAAUGUAAGAAUAAAACAGUCGUGUUUAUAAUCAUGUGGUAAGGCAUGAUGAUGAUUUGAAAGUUUUUAAUGAUCUUAAUGAUAAUGUAUUGAAUAUGUGUUUUAUUCACCUUUCCUGGCACAUACACAACUUGUAUACAUGAAUUGCAGCUCUGUAAGUUAUGAGGAUUCUGUGGAGUUUUGGUGCUAUUCUGAAACUUUCAGAGACAGGAAGCACUACAUUUAUAUGCAGCCAUCUUUUUUUGGUUUAAGGACAACUGAAAAGUUUCAAGAUCUUAAAAUGUAAGUCCAGUAAAAGGCCUUUUUGUCUGAGAUAUUAAAGUUACAUUCUUUUCCAACAUAAUUUUCUAAUUUUAUUUUGAUGUAAAAUUUUCAUUUGAUACACAUGUCAAUAUAAAAGAGGAAUUUACAGCUUAGGCAUUAAAUCAUAAUUGGUUAUUUUGUCACUAGUGGGCAGUGUGCCUUUUAAUUGAAACAGCAUAUUUCCUAAUGUUCAUAGAAUAAUUCAGUGUCAAGUUUUCCCACUCUAGCAGUUUGAUGUGUGUAUUUUUGGUUUAUGAAUUAAAUUGUUCACCAUAAUUUCACAUGUGAGCCAGAUAUUUUAUAGUUCAUUUAAACAUUUUAAUUGUAAGUUUUAACUAGUGUUUUGUUGAUUCUUUUUGAGUUCUGCCCAUGUUAUGCUCCUUUUGUGUACAUACAUGAAUGAUUUUUGUGUCUAUGGCUGUUGUGUAUAAACUCUGAACAUGGCCACACAGUUUCUUUUUUAAUGCUUGUAAGUUUAGGGCAGAAGUGGAGUGGGAGUGAUUAGAUUGCAUGCAUUGUUCUCCUGCACUCCAGGGCUGCAGAGCUCUGCUUAAACAGGUGUGUGUGUGUGUGUGUGUGUGUGUGUGUGUGUGUGUGUGUGUGUGUGUGUGUGUGUGGAUGCCAUGGGUGUGUGCUGUGGUUAGGGUAUGCUUUGAGCGUGUGCAAGGCUGCAGCUGCUAGAGCUAUUGUGUACUUAGGGACCACUGCUGAAUUUUUUUCACUUUAUUGUUUCAGUAGGCAAAGAGAUUAUGUCUGUAUAAUGUAGCAAUAAUUUAUCAUUUAGUCCAUUUAGACUUGACAGAACACCAGAUAUAUGGAUAAAAUAUGGUCUUGGUUUCAUUAAACUGCUUUU